CGGAAGUGAACGUGGUGAGAGGACCAAGAUGGCGACUCCCUAUGUGACCGAUGAAUCCGGAAAGUACAUAGCAGCCACUCAGCGCCCUGAUGGUACCUGGAGGAAGCAAAGAAAGGUGAAAGAGGGUUAUGUGCCCCAAGAAGAGGUUCCGGUUUACGAAAAUAAGUAUGUAAAGUUCUUCAAAAGUAAACCUUCGCUGCCCCCUGGAAUGAACCCCUCUGAAGCUCCUGCAAGCAAAACCCAACAGUCCACCAAACCAGAUAAUGACACCACCUUAUCAAAGACCGCCAAACGAAAUAUGAAGCGCAAAGAGAAAAGAAAGCAGGACAAAGGCGAGCGUGAUCCAGUAGAAGAGGCCCAGCAGGAGUUAGAAAGGGUCAACAUUUCGGAAACACCAGUGCAGAAGGACAAAGAAGCAAGCAAUGAGAAUCAGGCAGCUGAGAAGACCAAGAAAAUAAAAAACCUGCGUAAGAAGCUUCGUCAAGUAGAGGAUCUACAGCAGAAAAUAGACUCUGGGGAGAUCAAGCAGCCAUCCAAAGAGCAACUAGAAAAACUAGGACGGAGGAAAGCACUAGAGGAGGAGUUGGAGGACCUGGAACUGGACUUGUAGGGUGUUGCAGCUUGGCCUUUGUGCUCUAACAAGGAACAUAUUAAGUAUUUUUCUGUUUUCUUUUUAUUUCAUUCACUUAUCGUCCGGUGCAGUUUUACAAUUCUAACAUUUUUUGUCAUAUGGGUUCACCUAGCAAGCCAUCAAUCCUGCCUUCCCAAUGGUUUCACUGAAGUAGACUGAUGAACUACAGCUGCUGUAAAGUAUAAUUUAAGACAGAUUUUAGAAUUGUGGCCCAUGUUUGACGAGUGCAGUACCAGAAGACUUCUCUACCAUGUACUUUUAAAUGAGAUCAAGAACAUAAUUUAUUGGCACCAAAAAGGAGUCUUCUAGAAGACUGGUUUACCUGUGCAAUCAUGCCUUGUCCCUAUUCACGGUUCUUUAAGCAAUGUUAAUUGGUUGUAAGAGUCCUUCUAUGUUAGCAAGCUGGAGAUCAUGAGAUUGUUGACACUUUUUUUGUACACAAGUAUAAGGUAUAAAUGCAAUAAUGAAUUCAGUUUAAAUCUAUACAGAUAUAUUAACCAUGCCAAAAAUAGGAUUGAUCUCAAUUUUUCAGUGAUGUGAUCCAAUGCUGUUAGUUGCUAGGUAUAUUCAGUGAUGUGUUGCACUCUGUAUAACACAGAUCUGCAAUGCUUGAAUAGUAGGAAUACUAAUGCAUUUAUUUUAAUUCUUACCAUCUCAGGGGACUAGGCUAAAUCAUCUAACACCUAAAGUGUUUAAGGCAGGCAUCUCAUACUUAUGCCCCAUAUGUCGCUGGCCUACAACUCCCAGAAUUCUUUAAAUGCAAGAUUGCCUGAGAAUCGUGGGCAUUGUAGUUCAGCAACAUCCUUUGGGCUGGAGUUUGAGAUGUCUGAUUAAAGACGUAUAUUAUCAUGAUCAAGGGUAGGUGUUUUGUGAUGCCAGUGCAAAUUAAUAUCGGAUAUAUUUGUGUGAAAAUUAUGUUUGCACACUACCUGCCCUUCUCCUGCCUAAGGAAGUAUAUGUGUUUGAGUGAGCAGGGCUCCAUUUAUCUGUUGUAUGGGUGGCUGUCCUCUUUCUCUGUGUCAGGUAGGAGAUAAGUUGAUGUUUUUCAUAUCACUACGUAGAAGACACGAGCUUGCUUGUGCUUAUUCACAAUUGAAUGAACAAUGUGUGUAUCUUCUACACAUUAUUACUUAACAAAUUGAUGAUAGUACUCAUUUGUGGGAUGAUGUUUGUUCUAAGCAUAGCAAUCAAAAAGAAUGGUAUCUGGGAUUUGUUUGAUAGUCAUCUUAGUAGAAGUAAACAUAAGAAAAUUUUAGUGUUUGUGUAUGCUAAAUGUUUAAGCAUUAGCUUUCAUCUCUAGUGUCGGUGGAACAUAACAGCUAAAAUGCAGGGUUUUAAAACAUGACUAACAUUUCCAGUUCGCUAUAUAUAAGUAAUAUCUAAACCUGGAUUAAACCUCACUCUCUUUUUAUUUUUUGUAGCAGGCUAGUGUCAGACAUAAUGGUUACAAAAGAGUAAAGAAAGUGAGAUUUCUGAAAAUGAUUUUUAAUUUUAUUUUGAAUAUACUGGCAAGCUUUAGUAUCAGUGUCACGGGGGUUACUCAUUAAACAGUGAAUUAAAAAGUGGAUAGCAAAAUUAAAACCAAAAUAGCCAAAAUGACAAAUAAUAAAUCCACUCCAGCUAUUUAAGCCUAAAAUUUGCUAUUCGUUUUUUUUAAUUUUUUUUAUUCAAUGUUUGGUGAAUAAACCCUUUGUGUGCAUGCGAUUGGCUGUAGCCCCGAGUUAAUAAUGUUGGGGAAUAUUUGAAACAGUUGAUGCCAGCUACAACCCCAAUCAAAUAAUUAAGAAGAAUAGGACAGGUUUUUGUUUAAUCUGUCUGCACAGAACCUCAUUCAUGACAUCCAUGUGGACUACUGUAAUGAACUAGUGGCACUUGGUGAUUUCAGAAAUUAGGAUGACACUGCAUGGCUGCCUGCUGUCAUUUGGUAAUAAAAUUAAUGUUAUGUAAAAAUGUAUCUGACCUGAAUAAAUCUGAAAACCGAAGAACCAAAUUAUCUUUAAGGCCAGGUUUGUACAGCAUUUGGGAGAAAUAUAGAAAUCGAGACAGUUGCCUUGUGUCCUCCUAAUGUUUGUUACGACCUAUAACUUUUCUGUUGAAAAAAUUGAAGGGAACUUUAAUUUGACUCUUCCUAAGUGGCUAGAGCAUUAUUAAAUUGAAUUAUUAAUGUUGGAAAAAAACACAUUUGUUUGAGUAAAGUUUUGCCAACUUCAUCAGAUUCUAUGGACUUUUAAAUAAACCUUCCCUUACCCUGUAAGAUUUAUGAAUUAUCAAUUGCAAGGUGUUAUCACUGGUGUAACAACUAAUUUUGUUACCCCCUCCAUCAUUUUUUUCGUGUCUCAGUUUGUAUUGCUUGCUUGAAUUAUAAAAAUUGGGUGUAGUAAGUAAAAAAAAUUGUUACAUAUUUUCACUGCUACAUGGGGCGGCCAUCUUAUAUAAUUUUUCUUUGUUGGAAGUCGUGAACUUCAGAUGGUGCUUCCAAUUAAAGACUACUUAAAGAUGGCCGCCCCCGUGUAGUGAGGGUUAGCCCGGAGAUUUACUGAAUAGAGGUCUUAACGUAUAUUUAUGCAAGAUACAAAAUUGUAUACAACAUUUUAAUUUUGUAUUUCCUAAAAUGAAAUAAGAUUACAGUUUUCAUUUAAAUGGAGUAAAAGAGAACGGUGGCAAUGUUUAAGGAUUUAAGGGCAGGAUAGCUGCAGUUUGUCUAGCAAAGGAUCAUGGGAGUUAUAGAUUAUGGGCAUCAAACCAUGAGUUCGUCUACCCUGUGUGAAAUGAGUGACUGUUCUUUCUAUACUGAGCACACAAAUCAACAAUACUAACAUGCAGAAAUUAAUUUAGGAGGUAAGUUUUGGGUAAAAACAAGUCCUUUUACAAAUGCCAUUUAAAUAUAAUUGUACAUGCAUUUUUGAACAAACUCUACAGUAAGGAAUGUAACACGGUUUGAGAAAGCUGUAAAAGUAGUGUAUAUGUGUAUACAUUUAUGUACAUGUAUAAGUGGCUUAGGAUGACUAAAAUAUUUGUCUAGUAUCUUAGGUUUGUGCAGCGCUUACUUUUACAACAGCAUCAUCCCUAUCCUUCGCUCGUCCUGUACUGUGGGGGAGGCAAAUACAUACAUUUCUGUCAUUAUUUAAACUCGUACACUGUUCUAUAUAUACUUUUUUUUUAAAUAAAAAUUUAGAUUUAAUAAAAUGCCUUGUUGCAU